CGAACAUCGUUGGGGAAAACUCAUAAUGAAUUAAUAUCGAUCGAAUCAUCUUUCACAAAAAUAAUAAUCAAUAUGGAUAUGUUUCGCUCGGUUCUUGAGACGGUACCGAAGACGCGAACACAAAUGGUCAAUGAACUCGACAUUCCGGAAGAUGUGAUAGUUACUCCCUACAUCUGGAGCGAGCCGGAGGAUACUACGGAGAGUGACGGCAUACCUUCUGUCAGUAUAGACGAGUUCGAUGCAAAGACAGUCAGCUCUGACUCGAGUCCAGCAUUAUCUAGAGCUAUGACAGAUUCGGAGAUCGACUACGGUAGAUAUAGAAGGUUUAAAACCAGGAGUUUAAGUGAUCCGUGGGUGCACAUGAGAAACGCUCUGGAUGCUUUUUCUCCGGAGUUCCUAGACUCUUUGAAUAGUUUUCAAGAUACGCCAUCAGAAGCCAUAGAAGAAUCUCACCUAAAGCGAAACCGAUACAAUGAGGAAUUGAAACUGAAGAUGGAGCGCUUCUUCGAGGAGGAGUGCCGCGUGUUCUCUCCCGAUGACCCCGGUUUGUUAGUACUGGAAGAAGCCUUGAGGAAUAUAGACUUGAAGGUAUUUUGUUACAUUCUGCCUCAUUUAUUUACUCAAGUAAGUAUUACAAAUAAAUACUAA